UUCAGGCUGGGCCCCGGGGGCCUGUCCAGUCUGGAGUGCGUGAUUCCCCCGAGGCGGUGGGAUUUGAGUCCUUGCUUCUCCUUUUCCGCUGCCCUCUUGUCCAUCCUUCGUCCCUCAUUUCGAAGCGGGAAGCGUCUGUUCCUUCUUCCAGCCUCCAUCCCGUCCCAGGCAGGCAGGUCUCAGCGUAGAUGCUGUGAUUACCUCAGAAAAAAACUUUUCUGUCCUUUAUAGCUACUACGGUUCUGGAGUGUCCGAGCCUCAGGGCCUUUUGUUGCUCUCCGGCCCGCAGCCCUCGAGCGGAGGCCUGGCCGGAGCACCGCCCAGCUGCGGAUCGUGGCUCUUAGCCAGUUCUGUCGGCCCUGCUCUCCCUAGCCAGCUAGUUUUGUCUAUACCAGGUUUUCUCCACAUUGCCCUGCCCCACGAGCUAAGGAAUCUGAAGACCCAAGAGGAACUUACCAAGCUUGAAAAACUUUAAGAACUUAAAAACUAAAAGUAAUACAGAAGAGAACUGCCCUCAGUCCACGAACCAGCCAGCUCCAUUAUGGCAACGCGGAGCCCCAGCAUUGUGAUUAGUGAUGAUGAAUCAGGUUAUGACCUAGAUUUAUUUUGUAUACCUAAUCAUUAUGCUCAGGAUUUGGAAAAGGUGUUUAUUCCUCAUGGAUUAAUUAUGGACAGGACGGAACGGCUUGCACGAGAUGUGAUGAAGGAGAUGGGAAACCAUCACAUCGUAGCCCUCUGUGUGCUCAAGGGGGGCUAUAAAUUCUUUGCUGACCUGCUGGAUUACAUUAAAGCACUGAACAGAAAUAGUGACAGAUCCAUUCCUAUGACUGUAGAUUUCAUUAGACUGAAAAGCUACUGUAAUGACCAGUCAACAGGGGAUAUAAAAGUAAUUGGUGGAGAUGAUCUCUCAACUUUAACUGGAAAGAAUGUCUUGAUUGUUGAAGAUAUAAUUGACACUGGCAAAACAAUGCAAACCUUGCUUUCCUUGGUCAAGCAGUAUAAUCCAAAGAUGGUCAGGGUUGCAAGCUUGCUGGUGAAAAGGACUCCUCGAAGUGUUGGAUACAGACCAGACUUUGUUGGAUUUGAAAUUCCAGACAAGUUUGUUGUAGGUUAUGCCCUUGACUAUAAUGAAUAUUUCAGGGAUUUGAAUCAUGUUUGUGUCAUUAGUGAAACUGGAAAAGCAAAAUACAAAGCCUAAGAUGAGUGUUCCAGUUGAGUUUGGAGACAUCUAGAGUCCCCUCGAAAUCACUAGUAAAAUGAUCAAAUGUUCUACAUCUGUGGCCAGCUGCUUAGUAGACCUUAUUGCAUAUAUCUUCUAAGAAUUUUAUCUGUUUGGUAUUUUUGUUAGAAAUAUCAUUUGCUGUUUCCUAAAGUCUUUAUUCGCACUGGGAGUCUAUAGAUUAUUGAUUCCCUUUGGGUGCAUUGUUAUUUGACUUGUGAGUGAAAAAUCUCUUAAACCACACCACUGUUGAAUGAAAAUAUUGAAAUUGUAUCUGUAGGAAAUAUUUAAAGAGGAGAUAUAUUCGUUUUUAAUUGGUAUUCUAAUUUUUAUAUAUUCAGGAAAAAAUAGUAUUGAAUAUUGUUAAUUAUACCACUGUUUGUUUAGAAAAGCAGUCCAUUUUUGUUUCAAUGACAGGAUUUAAGAAGUACUGUUUUGUCAGACAAACCAUGUAGGCUUGAAUUAUUUUACUGUUUCAGUAGUAUUAACUGUAUUUUCCUUCUUGUUCACAUUAUUUCUGGUGAAUCUUUGUCAACGGUUUCUUUUAAAAACAUCAAUAAAUCCCCCCAAAACCUUAAAAUGUAAAUAAAUAAAAGUAAUUUAAGAGAACAAAAAGGUUGUCAGU